AUGCCUGUCAUCUCGCGCCUGUUGUCUAUCCCGCUUCGCAUCGCGGAAAUCGCAUUCGCGGCCGUUGUUGUGGGUAUUAUUGGACAUUAUCUUGCAUCUUUUGAUUCCAUUCAGCCUUGGCCUCAGGCACGAUGGAUCUAUACUGAAGUCAUUGGUGGACUGUCGAUACUGCUGGGACUGAUUUGGCUGAUUCCCUUCUCUUCUGGCUUCUUCUCUUGGCCCCUGGACAUUCUCAUCUCAUUCGCCUGGUUCGCCGCUUUUGGUAUUCUGGUUGACGCUAUUCACCACCUGCCCUGUGGUAGCAUCUGGUCAUGGGAGUUCCGCGGUGACUCUGUUUGCGGUCGCUGGAAAGCCGCUGAGGCAUUUAGCUUCUUGUCCGCGAUUGUUUGGCUCGUCUCUGGUCUAGUGGGCAUCUGGUUUACUUUCCGCAAGCGCGACACUACAGCCGCUACUACCACUCCCCGCCGUCGCUGGGGUCGCGAUCGUAAAGUCGAGACUACCACCGCCGCAGUAUAG